AUGGAUUCUUCAAAACCUGCACAUGGAUUCUUCUCAACGUUACUCCAUCCUUCAUUAAAACAUUUUCAUAAAGCACCAAAUGAUAAAAAUAAAGCACUUGAUUUAGUCAAACAAGAAAUCUUAAAACGUACAUUAGCAUCACCAGUUUAUGAUAAUACUACUUUAGAAUUAGCAACAACCACUGCUUCAAUUACAUUUGAUACAGUAACACCUUCUAAUUCAAACAACUUGUUGGCUCGUUGCUUCGAUCAACCAAAACCACCACCUAUCUCAACUUCAACACCGUUUGAUGAAUUAGAUAGUUACAUGGCAUUAGAUGAACAAAUCAAUGAAAAUGAUGAUGUACUUUUAUUUUGGAAAGAAAAUGCAAAAUCAUUUCCCAUAUUAUCAUUAAUUGUACGUGAUCUUUAUGCAAUACCCGCUUCGAACACAAUAGUGGAAAGAUUAUUUUCAUCAUCAAAAAAUACCGUAACUGAUCGACGAACUAGUUUGGCAGCAAACAAAUUGAACAAACUGCUAUUUCUUCAAAAAAAUCUUUUUAUAUUAAAACAAAUAGAGAACGAAAAUUUUCGGGAAAAUCUCGAACAAUCAAAAAGAAGAUUUUCAAUGUCUAAUGAUCAACUAGUUAUACUUGAUGAAGAUACAAAUAAUUUAAUUCCUUCAUCAACAGCAAUCCAUUUUUAG